AUGUAACAAACGCAUUGAAAGAAGCCAUAAUAAACACAUUGAAGAAAGUUGAAACGAACAAACCAAGUAAAGCCACAACGAAUGUAUUGGGAAAAGUUAUAAUGAACAUAUUAAGUGAAGCCACAAUGAACGUAUUAAGAAGAGUCGUAGUAAAUGCAUCAAGAAAAGCCGUAAUCAAUGUAACCACAGAAGAUAUUAGGAAAAUUGUCAAGAAAAUAAAGUUUAGAAUCAGUAACCUUGAAAGUGCAAAAUCAGAAAUAAAAACGAGACUUACUAACCUGCUAAUAACUCAGAAUGAUACAACUUCACCUGAUGCUACAUCUAACGUCAAUAAGAGCGAUGUCGACAUUGACAGUCUUGUGACCGAAUUAGCCGCCUUGAAAAUAAACCAUGUGGAUCAGGAAGACCAAUCUAAGCGUGAUCAAGUUGAGAAUCUCAUUCAGAACAUUGUGACUAAGACAAUUAAAGACAUGAAUAAGAGACCAAGUCAACCACGUACCACCAAGCCCCAAACAUGUUACCUGUGCCAAGAAGUAGGACAUAUUGUGAAAAAGUGUCCAAAACAGAAUAAGGGUGCUAAGCAGUCCAAAAAUGCCCUCAAAUUUGAUAAUGUUGAUGUAAGAAUAGUUGAAUUCAUGAAAAUAAGGCCAGAAAUCACCAGUAAAUAUUUAAAAGUAGAAUUAUUGGAUGAUGGUGUAGGAUAUGAUGUAAGACCAGUUAGCAAAAGAAAAAGAGAAGACACCACGAUUGAAUUGAUAGAAUAUUCGAAUAAAAAAGGAAAAAUGAAUGAGUAUAUCACUGAAAAUGAGAGUCUAAAAUAUUCCAAUAAUGUGAUGUACAUACCUUUGGUGGAGUU